CCCUCAGCUACCUUCCGCAGUGGCGCAGAAACCGCACUUCCUGCUGCUGUUGAGUAGUUCCUUUACUUUCUGUUGCGUUGCUGGUUGGAUUUAGUGCAUCUGUCCUCUUAAAAGCCAUUUAUUAUCUAGGAAAUGGAUGACUUCUCGCUAGCAGAUGCUUUACAGGGGGAUCUUCCCGGCAAAGCAGCCAAAGUGAGCAACACCAAACCUGCUGACCCGGCCAGCACCGCUGCUCCUGCCAAUCCAGGGUGGCCUUCUGGGCCCUCUGCUCCCCCAGGCCAGUAUCCUUCAGGCCCAAGUGCACCUGGCCAUUUCCCUGGUGCUCCAGGGCCAACUCCUGGACAGUACCCCUCAGGUCCUGGAGCACCAGGGCAGUAUCCUGGAGUUCCCUCUGGUCAAGCACCAUAUUCCGCAGGCCCUGGGGCCCCAGGACAGUACCCAUCGGGCCCUGGGGNCCCAGGACAGUACCCAUCGGGCCCUGGGGUCCCAGGACAGUACCCUGCAGGAGGAGCUCCAGGACAGUUUCCUGGAGGUGGCCCAGGACCCUAUCCAGCUGGUCCUGGUGCCCCUGGACCAUAUCCCUCGGGGCCGGGAGCAGCUCCAGGGCCCUACCCCGCGCCUCACAUGCCCUACCCUGGUGGACCUCCUGCAGCAGGGCCCUAUGGACCCAGUGCCCCUGGAACCUUCCCCCCUGCUCCUGGCUCUGGCGCCUACCCUGGCUUCCCUGGGGCCGCGUAUCCUCCACUUCCUUCUGGUACCUGGGGCCCCCCCAGCUCGGGGACCUUCCCAGGUCAGCCAGGCCCCGCAGGCCCCCCAGGAUCUGCUGGGCCCUGGAACCCCUUUCCCACCCCUUCCUUUGGUGGACCCCCUGCUCCUGGGGGAGCCCUGACUGUUCCCUAUGAGCUGCCCUUACAGGCAGGGGUGUUGCCACGCCUGAUGAUCACCAUCGUAGGAGAACCUACAAAGAACUCGGAGAGGUUUCACUUUGAUUUUGUACGUGGCUCGGAUGUGGCCUUUCACUUCAACCCUCGGUUCACUGAGAACACGGUGGUCCGCAACUCGUUUUUAAACGGGGGCUGGGGCCCUGAAGAGAGACAGGGAGGGUUUCCCUUUGAGCAGGGGAAGCGUUUCGAGAUUAAAGUCCUGUGCGAGGAGGAGGUGUAUAAAGUCGCAGUGGACGGAGCUCAUCUGCUGGAGUUCAGGCACCGUGUGCAGCCACUGAAGGACGUGACCCUUCUGCGAGUCCAGGGGGACGUGACUCUGUUCAGUGUAACUCCCAGCAUGGUCUAACACCCAGAGGCCUUCACGGCAUCCAGCAGGUCUUACUGCAGCACUAGCCAAAGUACUAGAGCUACCUGGAGUGUACUCUAGGACAUUGCAGUGAUACGUUUAAAUAUUAUGGGUCUCGACUGGGUCUGAUUAAUGUUAGUAUUUGAAAGUAUAGGACAAUUAUUAUCCAUCUGCAUGCUGUAAUGUCCAAGAACAUUGCACUACAGGCUGCAGCACUACAACACACAAAACGUAGGAGAAGGUGCAUAAAUAAAACAAAUUCUAUGUAUAAUGUAUGUACAUCAUUAAUGAUUAAGGCACAUAAAUAUAAUUGAAUGGAUGCAGGCUGCAAUCUUUACGGUAUUCCAGGAAAAGUUCUGCUUCUUCUCUUUUAUAGAAAAUGUUGUAAGUCUUUUCAAACAUACUAUAGGAACAUUUUUUUAUUCUGAUGCAUGUCUACUGUUACUUUUAUACAUAAACUGGUAAAGAAAUGCAUGUGAAGGGUUUUUAAUUUUAAAACAGCCCUGUUUCUGUCUCUGUUUAGAUCAGGUUUAGAUCAGAAAAUGUAAUUUUCUAUUUUUCUGAUUAAACUGUAGUUUCUCAGCUUUUAUGUUGACCUGCAUUUACCUUUAAAAUCAUGUCUGUAACAUUUAAGCUGAGCUGUUGCCCUCAAUAUUUAUCUAAAACAGAAUGUCAUCAGUUGUCAGUAUGGUGGAUUUAAAUUAGAGGAAAACUGCAUCUAGUCAAGCCAUUCAAUUGGAGAAGAGCUUAAAAACAAGAUUUGUCCAAAAGCAAGAAUCCACUUUUUGAAAUCAAUCUUUUAAAGCACAGCAAAGACAGAAAUGUCAAAGCCAUUGUCAUGUGCUAGUCUAGCAAAUAUCCACUCUAGUUUUUUUGGGUUUGUGGCUUUGAGAUGAACUUUAUAUUUUAUUGGGGAGAAUGAAAAUACUCCCUGACCACCAAAAAUAUCACACUUGUGUUGCACAACUACAGUAGUACAAUGAACAAGUGUGCCAGACAGAACACUUUAGGGAAAGCACAACUGCCAAACAAUUGCUAAAUGAAUAAUUUAAAAAAUCAUUUUCUGAUUUUAUACAGUAGGACAUUAGAUUUAAGUACCAAAGGUAGUAAUUUAUUUCAAAAUGGAGAACAUUCCUGUGUAUCUUCAGAAGUCAUCCACACUAGCACAAUGGCUAUCUUAUAUAGUGCUUCAAGACGGGAACUAUAUUGUGAUUUCUAUAUAAAAGUAAUCUGUUUUCUCUGACCAUAUUACUUCAGAACUUGAUUGUUAUUUGAGUUUGUAAUAAUCACAAUAUGAAAAAAUAAAAUGUUUUGCAUUAUCUAAAGCUUAAA